AUGCAGGACACCAAGGACGAGGCUCGCUCGUGUGUGGUUGGUUAUUUCGAAGCUGUCUUGCAGAUGUCGGGUGCAGCUCGUCGCGUAAACAGUUCGCAGGACAUAUUCAAGCAGUACGAUGACGGCGAUGGUGUUCUAUCGCGCGAAGAGUUAAAGAGGAUGCAGGCAAAUCGCUGUGUCCUAGAUGAGCUCAUCCAUCAAAGCCCUCAUCGCAUUGGCAUGUUGAAGGCAGAGAACGCGAAGCUUGCGGAGGCAGUUUCUUCGCUGUGGUCUGAGAGCAGGCAGGCACUUGGCGACAGCCCUUGUAGCAUGCAGGUUGACUUUGACAAGUUGGACACAGACGGAGACGGUGUGGUUUCAAAAGACGAGCUGGCGGCUGCCCUGGUCAGCCCCGCAGACGAAUCACCGUCAGACUGGGACUCGAUGCAGGACACCAAGGACCAGGACAUAUUCAAGCAGUACGAUGACGGCGAUGGUGUUCUAUCACGGGACGAGUUGAAGAGGAUGCAGGCAGAGAACUCGAAGCUUGCGGAGGCAGUUGGCUUUGACAAGUUGGACACAGACGGAGACGGUGUGAUUUCAAAAGACGAGCUGGCGGCUGCCCUGGAUUGGGACUCGAUGCAGGAGACGAAGAAUGAGGACAGUCUCCAAGUGGCCAUCACCGUGCAGAGUGCAGCUGCUCUUAGCCAACAGUCUCGCGAGCUUCUCGACAGCAGUCGGAUGGCAAGUCAGCGGAAGGAAAAGCGCAAGGCAAAGAGGAAGGAGCAAGCAGCUACCCAAGCCGCCCAGGCCCAGGCCGUUGAGGCCACAAGGCUUGCCAGUGGCCCUCUGAGGGCCUCGGUGGAUGGCCAGAAGAUUCCUGCAGGCGGUGUACCGGAAGGGAAGGAGACGGAAUUACCUGGGGACCUGCUUCGUGAUUCGAAGGAGGACUUGGCGGACACGGAACGAGCACUGACCAAGAGGGAGGAGCCCGAAGAUGCAAUCUCCAUGGCGGGCGGGGCGCAGCUUGUUACAAGCUUGAAUGCUCAGAGCACGGAGAAUGAAUUGGAAACGAGUGGCAAAGAAGUUGCAGGGGCCGAGGGGCACAUGCUGGCUGCCAAGCGCCCUUCGGUGUCUCCGGAAGGUUCAGGCCAAGAUCGAGACAUGAAGCCCACAAUGGAGAGCGGAAGUCGUGAUCCUCCACAGUUCCCUGUGGAGAUGGCCCCGUUCAAGGAAGAUCCCCACCAGCGCCAGGCACAGCGCCAAGGACUCGAGCCGGCCCAGUCGAGCCCUGAUCUACCUUUUGAGACCUUCUAA